CACUUCAAAAUCACUCACUUCCAUUAUCAGUAUCAGUAUCAUUAUCAUGGUGCAAACAAGGAAGUUCCGAGGUGUCAGGCAGCGCCAUUGGGGUUCUUGGGUAUCAGAAAUUCGCCACCCACUUCUCAAAAGGAGGGUGUGGCUGGGUACGUUUGAAACAGCAGAAGAAGCAGCACGAGCAUACGAUCAAGCUGCGAUUCUCAUGAGUGGACGAAACGCAAAAACCAAUUUUCCAAUGCUUCAAACUCCAGAGGGUGACCCAAAGACGCUAACCGCCACGCACGAAACCCCAUCAACCUCAAAGGAACUGGAAGAGAUUCUUCACGCAAAGCUUCGAAAGUGUGGGAAGCUUCCUUCUCCUUCCAUGACUUGCUUGAGACUGGACCCAGAGAACUCCCACAUCGGCGUGUGGCAGAAGCGCGCCGGUCACUGUUCUGACUCCAACUGGGUCAUGAUGGUUCCCUUCGGAAAGAAGGGUGAUGAAGGUGGAAACAGUUCCAGGAGUGGUGGUUCCUUUGAUUCGUUUUCUGAGUGUGAUCAGACGGUGCAAGUUAGAAGACAGGAACAUGUGAGAACAGAGAUGGAGGAGGAAGAGAGAAUCGCUAUGCAGAUGAUAGAAGAACUCCUGAGCAGAAACUGGCCCACUAGCCCUUCUUCAUGUAAUAACAACAUCUGUUAAGGUUUCUUCUUUAAGAAUUUUCUCCUCAGUUGUUGUCGAUCGCCUAUGUUUUGUUCU